AUGGCCGGUAAUACACAAAUUUACUCGGCGACGUAUUCAAAUGUGCCAGUUUUCGAAUUUGUGACUCUGGAAGGGCCGAUAAUGAGAAGAAAACUGGAUUCAUGGAUAAAUGCUACGCAUAUCUUGAAAAUUGCCAAAUUUCCUAAGGCCAAAAGGACGAGGAUAUUGGAAAAGGACGUACAGACGGGGAUACACGAAAAGGUGCAAGGGGGUUAUGGGAAGUAUCAAGGGACGUAUGUUCCAUUGGAUUUGGGGGCUGAUAUAGCUAAGAAUUUUGGAGUGUUUGAUACCUUGAGACCCAUUUUUGAGUUUACUUACGUAGAAGGAAAAUCUGAAACUCCACCACCAGCACCAAAACACAGCCAUGCGUCUGCGUCGAAUGUAGCCAAGAGACAAUCGAGUGUGAAUAAUUCUUCUGGGGAUGCUAAUAGUCUGAAUAAGGGUACACACGCAAGAAAAACAAAGAGUAUGACUUCGUUGUCUGGAGAGCCACCAAAAAAGAGAGGCAGACCUAAACGGGUUCCUAUGCAAAGUAACAUAGAACCAAGUUUACAACAUACAGACACGACCCCAAUAACCACCAUUCCAGAAUCAGGUCCAAGUAUUGGAACGUUCAAUAAUAAAAAGUCGUUGGGCCAUCCCACCUUAACCAGACAGGACACCGAACAAGAUGCAUUGCAAAUAAUGGCUAGUAAUAUGAGCGCCAAUCAGGAAGACCUCGAAUUAGCAGACAAGAGUAGUGAUGAGGAUAUGGGUAACAGAACACCAAUUGAUGCCCAGGAUGAAAACAUACACCAUGAUGAUAAUGACGAAUUAAUGACCGGAAGAGAAUUAUUUGGGACACCUAGAAAUUCGUUUGAGAGAAUUGUACAAUCCCACAAUCAAAGUCAUAACCACCUUAAUGGUUCCAUUCAUGAUCCCUACGGGUUACUGCAGUAUCACCAUCAUGCUAACCAUACUCAAUCAAUGAAAGACGAUUCAAUCUAUGCAGACUACUUUACCAAUUUAUUGAAUUACUUUUUGGAAGACGGAAACAACAAGGUACGAUCCACUCAGGAAAGCAAUAUUCCAGACAAAAUUUUAAAUCCUCCCCAACCAUUGUCUAAAAUAAAUAUAACUCAACCAGUCGAUAAUGAAGGGAAUACCAUUUUCCAUUGGGCAUGCUCAAUGGCAAAUAAUGGAAUGAUUGAAUUUUUGUUAGCAACAUUUGAAAGCUUUUUAAACCCGGAUUUAAAAAAUAAUAGAGGAGAAACACCAUUAAUGUUUUUGGUAAAAUUCAGUAAUUCUUACCAAUUGAAAAAUUUUCCUACAUUGUUGGACCUACUCUUUGACUCUAUACUAUCGAUUGAUAACUAUGGUCGGACUGUGUUGCAUCAUAUUGCGCUUGCUGCAAAUAAUCUCACCAGUGAAGGGUCGAUUAAUGCAAACACUGAUAUUCACUCUUUCAAGAAGAAUAAGGAGAGGUUUGCCAGAUACUAUAUGGAAUGCUUAUUUGCAAAGAUAAUCGAAUUUCAGGAAAUUCGGGAACUGCAAGAAAUAGAAAAUAAAAAACUUUCACUUAGUGACAAGAAGGAACUAAUUGCUAAGUUUAUCAACCAUCAAGAUAUUGAUGGCAACACAGCAUUUCAUAUAGUUGCUUACAACUUAAACAAAAAGUGCAUUAAAGUAUUCAUAAGCUACCACAAAUAUAUCAAUUUCCAUUUGAAGAAUUUGGUGUCUUACACAGUGGAGGAAUACUUAGCAUCGCAUAAUCAUGUAUUGAGAUUGGAUACCAGCAAUGAUGAUUCUAAGGAAAUGCAGGAUAUCCAGGAAGAGGCAUACAAAUAUUUGAACCCCCAGUUUCAGGGUAAUAAUUUAACAAUAAGAAACAACAGCACCCAAAGUUUUGAGUCUCAGAUGUAUUUUUCAAAAAUGGCCGUUAACUUGCAGAAUACCACUGCUAAUUUAAUAACAGAGAAGUUAACCGAAUUGGCAUACAUUGUUGAUAAGGAAUUGUCAGAGAAGGAUGAAAAGCUAUUAAUGUAUUUCAAAUUAUUAAAAGCCAUUGGUCACGAAAAGCUAUUAUCACAGAGGGCCGUAUUACAGUUUUUCAAACUAGAAUAUUUGAUUGACGAUAUCAUGGCUGAUCACGAUCAAAGCAAUAACGAUAAUCUCAUAAUUGACACCGAAAAGGAUAGAAUUAUACAGGACGAGAUUAAUCGAUUGAUAAGUGAUUUAAGCUUCCAAUUCUUGCAGAGAAAGGACCAGCUAGACGAGGUGUUUACCAAGUACAAAGCAAUUUCUAGUGCGGUGCAAAACACAAAGGUGGCCGAACUAGCAUCCACUCUUUCGCAGCAUGAGUCGAACUCAUCGUCCUCCGAAGACGAAACUCCGUCGGAACAAGUCCGCUUGUCAAUCGAACUACAAACGCAAAUCGUCAAGUACAAGCAAAUGCUUCACAAACUCCAUCAACAGCAUUUGCAAGUGCCUCUUUCAUCACACGACAACGCGGAUACCAAGGAAAACAAAGAAAAUAUCAAAGAGGAGGCCCAAACCAACCACACCGCGGAACCUGCGCCUCACUCCGUUAUCGCCAAAUACCCAAAGGACGACAAACUCCACAAAUACUGUAAAUUAAUAGCUUUAUGCUGCGGCAUGAAUUUCAACGACGUGGAGAACUCUAUUGACUUGAUCGAACAGUCGUUAUCCAAAUCAGCCCCCAACAUGCAAUAA